AUUCGGGAGGCGGGGUCACGUGAGUCACAAAAAGCUAAAAGUACGCAGCAAGGUGUCAUUUCUAGCUUUAACCAGUUGAGAGAUGUCUCCUUUAAAGGUUUGGACUAACCGCCUACGGGGGUUGUUGCUGCAGUGGCUGCUGCUUCUUUCGCUUCUGAGCGCCACUGGGUCGUUCAGAUCUAAAAUUUUUACGAAGCACGUGCUUCGCUCCAACCUCAGCACAUCUUUUUACGUCUUGGAUGAUACUCCCGGGCUUGAUCGGGUGUUCGAUGGGAUCGGCGGGGUGAGCGGAGGCGGGGCAACCUCCCGACUUCUGGUCAAUUAUCCUGAGCCUUAUCGGUCUGAAAUAUUGGAUUAUUUGUUUAAGCCAAACUUUGGUGCUUCUUUACAUAUUCUGAAAGUGGAAAUAGGUGGUGAUGGACAAACGACAGAUGGCACUGAACCCUCCCAUAUGCACUAUAAAGGCGAUGAGAACUAUUUCCGGGGCUAUGAAUGGUGGUUGAUGAAGGAAGCUAAGAAGAGGAAUCCCAAUAUUAAACUUAUUGGGUUGCCAUGGUCAUUUCCUGGUUGGAUAGGUUCAGGUAAAAGCUGGCCCUAUGACAGUCCCUCCAUUACUGCAUUAUAUAUUGUGUCUUGGAUAUUGGGUGCUAAAAAGUAUCAUAAUUUGGACAUUGAUUAUAUUGGGAUUUGGAAUGAGAGAUCAUUUGACAUUCAGUAUAUAAAGAUAUUAAGAAAAAUGCUUAAUCAAAAAGACCUGGACAGAGUGAAAAUCAUAGCUAGUGAUAACCUCUGGCUGCCCAUUUCCAUUUCCAUGCUACUUGAUGAUGAACUCCUGGAUGCCGUUGAUGUUAUUGGGGCUCAUUAUCCUGGAACCCAUACUGUACAGGAUGCUUUGAAGACCAACAAAAGCCUCUGGUCUUCUGAAGAUUAUAGUACUUUUAAUAAUGAAGUGGGUGGAGGCUGCUGGGCUCGCAUCUUGAACCAGAAUUUUGUAAAUGGCCACAUGACUUCCACAAUUGCUUGGAACUUAGUGGCUAGUUACUAUCCGCAACUACCUUUUGGGAGAGAUGGAUUGAUGACUGCUCAGGAGCCUUGGAGUAGCCAUUAUGUUGUAGAGACUCCUAUCUGGAUUUCAGCUCAUACCACUCAGUUUGCUCAACCAGGGUGGCGAUACCUAAAAACAGUUGGCCAUUUACAAAAUGGUGGAAGCUAUGUAGCUCUUACAGAUGGCUUAGGUAACCUCACUAUUAUCAUUGAAACCAUGACUCAUGAACAUUCGAAAUGCAUAAGGCCACCUCUUCCUUUUUUUCUGGUGUCUGAACAAACUACCACUUUCUCUCUUCAGGGAACCUUUAAAGAAUUAAGAAUGCUACAGGUAUGGUAUUCCAAACUUGGAAAAAAACCUUGGAAUGACACUUUCUUAUUCAAACAACUACCUCCUCUAAAGAUUACUAAUGGAACAGUCACAUUACAAUUGGGUUUGGAUGAAGUGUAUACUUUAACAACCAUCACUACAGGUCAAAAGGGCAGUCAUCCUACUCCUCCAGAAUCACGGCCAUUUCCAUCUAACUUUGAAGAUAAUUUCAAUGUUGGCAAUCCACCUUUUAGUGAAGCUCCAAAUUUUGCCGAUCAAACAGGUGUAUUCGAAUACUUCACCAAUGACCAGGACACAUCAGGUCAUUCCUUCACCUUACGCCAAGUGCUCACUCAGAGACCUAUCACUUGGGCUAUGGAUGCAGAUCAGACCAUCAGUAUUAUAGGAGAUCAUAACUGGAGGGAUAUAACAAUAACUUGUGAUGUGUACAUGGAGACACCGGUGACGGGUGGCAUAUUCAUUGCUGGAAGAGUAAAUAAGGGUGGGUCAUUCAUUCGAAGUGCCCAAGGAGUUUUCUUCUGGAUUUUGGCAAAUGGGACAUAUGAAGUUACAGGUGAUCUUGAGAGGAGGAGGAUAAUAAAGGGAGGAAAAGCUAAUGUCAUGGCUAAAAAAUGGUACACUCUCACUCUGAAUAUUACUGACUCCUCUGCUUAUGGCAUGCUAAAUAAUAGGGUUCUCUGGAAAACUCAGCUAAGGCCAUUACCCAGGAAUGGUUGGGCAGCAAUUGGAACACGUAGCUUCGAGUUUGGACAGUUUGAUAACUUUCACAUCCAGGCUUAAAAGUUAGAAUUCUUGAAACUCUCAAAUAAUGAUUCCUCCCUUCACAUGUAUUUUGAGUUUGGAUUUAGAGUCAAUUCCCUUGGGAUUUUUGAGACAGGAAAACAUUGAAGGAAUUUCUAUUUUCACACUUGACAAUACUGCAUAUCUUGUUGAAUUUAAUAUAUUCUAAUUUUUAAAUUUCAUUUCAAAAUUCCCCUUUAAUUUCAGAGUAUCAUAUUGCUUCUGUUUCUUAGCACUUUUUUUCCUUCAGAUCUCACAAAGAUUUUAUUCCAAUAUUGAGGGAAUUAGUUCUUUUAUCUGGUAUGAAAUUAGUUAUGUUGUAAUAACUACUAAAAAGAACUUUAAAUAUUUAUUUACUAUUAUUUAACAUACUCACAUGCAUCACAUCUCAUGGUGAAAAAAAUGUCUUAAUCAGAGUCUUUUGUUUCUUCCAGUUAGUUUUAUGCAAUGCCUAAGGGAGCCUCAAAGGGUAGUGCUUUAUGAAUUACUGUAGUAUUUUCAUCCUUUCAUUGUAUAUGAACAUUGAAAAGAUGGUAAUGGAAACAAAGGUGGGGCCAUAUCUAAAAUUCCUUAUUAAUUAACUACCUCCUAAACUUUCUUGAGUCAAUAAUAAAUGAAUGGAUAAUUUGAGACCUUCAUGAUAUAAUUAUUUUCCCUUGUUUGGUGUGGUCCGCUCUUUCUUGGCAGUUUUUUUUUAAUAUUCUAGAAAAAAUUGUUUAAUAUUUUUGCUUGCAGAAAGAUGGGAAGGAUUGUGCCUUGUUUUAUCACACAAAAUGGAAUUGUUGAAUGACUUUUGCAGUUAUCAGAGAUGGCUACAAUUUAAUAACUUUAAUUCAUUGAUCAAUUUAUAUUUGAAGAGUGAAGCAUAUACUUUUUUUAAAAAACCCAUACCUUCUGACUUGUAUCAAUAUGAUAAGGUAAAGGCUAGGUAAUUAGGGUUUAGUUAUUUGUUGAAGAAAUAUCUGAGGCCACAUUUGAACCCAGUUCCUCCUGACUUCAGGACUGGCGCUCUAUGUACUGUGUUAUCUAGCAGCCGCAACAUAUGUGCUUUUUUUUUAAACCAACUCUUUUAGAAUUGAUAGUAAGUAUUGUUUCCAAGUUUGAAGAGUAAUAAGAUCUGGACAAUUGGGCAAGUCACUUGGUAUCACAAGGCUAGGAAGUGUGGAGUGUCUGAGGCUGGAUGUGAACCCAGGACCUCCUGUUUCCAGACCUGGAGCUCUAUGAGCUAUGCCACUGUCCCAUAUGCUUUUUUUAUAUAAUUUCCUUCUAAAAGUUCACAUUCUUUUUAGGAGUAUCUCAGUUAUUUACAUGGAAAAUAUCUCUUAUAUAGUCCAGAAGGAAAAAAAGAAAACUACAUUCUAGAAGAGCUUAAAUGAUUUAACUAUUUCUCAGCUAUAAAAUGAAUAACCUUAGGUGUACUAUAGCAUAUCUUUUAACAUCAAAAGGCAGAAUUGCUAUGCUAUGGUCAUUUAUAUUUUGCUCAUUUCUGAUUUUUGAUUAAUUUACUUUGGCCUUUCAUCUGUAAAGAAAUGUUUGCUCUUCAGAUUUUAAGGCUAAACAAAAUUUAGAAUGAAUAUUUGACCUAAUUAAGAAGGUGAAACUUUUGGGAUUUCCUGUUUGCCAUGAAGCCUUUCCUGACAACUAGCUUUCUAUUGAUCUGUCUCUCUCCUCUCAGUGCCUUCACAUUAUAACUGUACCACAUCACUGGGUACCUGUACCUUUCCUCAUUCGGAUUAAUGAUGUUUAAGUUCUUUGGCUGGUUUGCAGUCUUGAGGUCAAAAGUCUUGUUUAUCUUCUUGUCUCUCUCAGUAAUUAGCCCUGUGAUGUAUGAGGAGUAGGUACUUGGUAAGUGUUUGCUCAUUUGUUCCUCGUAUUUACCCACAAUAACCAGGUAUAUAAAUGGAUGCUGCUAAUCA